UCUUUCAUUCUUAUUUCUUUCUGUGGAAUUUUCCUCCUUACAUUAAAUCACUUUUGACUUAUCCUUACACAAGUUAUUAACCUCUUCCAUAUCAGACUCACUCCUUUGUUUUCUUUCUUCUGAUACCUGCCAGAAAUUCUUGCUGUUUUUCCGUUUUGAUCAGAGUAAGACAAUUAACACCUCCUUAUAUAAGGCUUCAUCCUCAAGGAAUCAUAACAUCACAUCACAGCUUUGUUUUUGGUUUUCUGUUUUCCUUUUACCUCUUCCUCUGGUUCUGGUUUUUCUGGUAUUCUGUGGGUGGUUCUCAUUUGCUUUAAAGUGUUUUAAGGUUGUUUUGUGUGUUGGGUUAAGUUUUCUUCAAAUAAAAAUGGUAGCUGUUUUAGCAUUGGUUUUUUAAUGAGAAUCUGAGUCUCCGGCGAGGUAACUAAAGAGAGAAAUAGAAAAAAAGAUUUGAGAUUUUGAAGGAGGAUGGAAUUGGGUCUCUAAAAACGUCAAAAAAUAGAAGUCUUUGUUUUCUCGCAUUUUCAAUAGCUUUUCUUUCUCUCUCAAUUCAAAUCCCGACAAUCUCUCUCUCUCUUUCUCUCUCUGUCCCUCUCUCUCUCUCUCUAUCUCUCUCUCUCUCUGUUUUGGUUUUCAACCCAAUCUGGGUUGCCUCUGUUUUCGGGGUUGGGACAGAAGCUGAAACUCCCUCUCUGAAUUUCUCUGUCUCUCUCUGAAUUUCUUAUCUCUGUCUUUCUCUCUCUCAAAAAACCAUGAUUUUCGAAAAAGGGUCAAUGCAUUCUUCUUCUUCCAACCUUGACUGCUUCCUCCGCUGCACCACCCCUGUGAUUCCAUCCCAGGUUCUUGCAAAGUCUGAGAUGAAAGGCCUGAAUCGUUUGUGGCAUCCAUGGGAGAGAGAAAGGGUGGAAUACUUCAGUCUUAGGGAUCUAUGGAACCGCUAUGAUGAAUGGAGUGCGUAUGGUGCUGGUGUCCCUAUCACCUUGCCCAAUUCUGACACACUUGUUCAGUACUAUGUUCCUUACCUUUCUGCAAUUCAGAUUUUCACUAGCAACACCUUCAGGGAAGAGUUUGAGACAGGGGAGUGUGAAACAAGGGAUUCAUGUAGUGAUACCUUGAGCGAUGAGAGUGAGUGUGACAAGUUAUGGAGAUGGGAUGGGAGUUCCUCAGAAGAAGGUGGAAUGAAUAAUGUAGAACAAGAUUCUCAUCAAUUGCAUUUUACUGAUAGAUUAGGUCAUCUCUAUUGCCAAUACUUUGAGAGAUCAACUCCAUAUGGAAGAGUUCCUCUAAUGGAUAAGAUCACAGGGUUAGCUCAAAGAUAUCCAGGGUUGAUGUCAUUAAGAAGCGUAGACCUUUCACCUGCAAGUUGGAUGGCAGUUGCAUGGUACCCGAUUUAUCACAUUCCCAUGGGAAGAACAAUUAAAGAUCUUUCCACAUGCUUCCUCACUUACCACACACUUUCAUCUUCAUUUCAAGGUAUGGACCUUGAUGAUGAUAUUGAGGGUGGACAUGAGAAGAAAAAGGAAGAAGUGGAAGGAAUCUCUUUGCCACCAUUUGGUUUAGCAACAUACAAGAUGCAAGGUGGGAAUGUGUGGGUCUCAGGUAGGGACCAAGAGA